AUGCGCUGUGUCUUUUUGCUCGUGGUCCUGUUCUUGGUUUUCGCUGUGCUAGGUUGGUGUUUGGGAUUGUUUUUGGGGGUGGGGUGGUUAUUUUUUUUGGAGUUUUGAUUUUGGAGGGGAUUUUUAGACUAUGGUGGGGAUUUUCGUACUAUUUUUUUUAUCAUUUUUGGUAUUUUAGUACUAUUUCUUAUGCUUUAUUGCUAGUUUUAAGAUUUUAGUACUAAUUCUGAAGGUAUAGUCUUCUCUCUGAGAUUUUAUCCUAUUUUUGCAAUUUUAGUACAAUUUCGAUUAUUCAGUACCAUUUUUGUUCGCGCCAUGCCAAUAUCGUUCCAUUCUCAAUAUCUUUUUUCUCAUUUCACCAAUUUUCAGAAUCAAAAACCCCUUCAAAUUCGCUGAAAAUGUCAGACAACAAGCCAAUUGGUGAGACCAUCAAGGACAAGGCCCAAGGCGCCGCCGAUGCCAUCAAGGACACCGCCAAGGAUCUCAAGAACAAGGUGGUUGGUGAACCAGCCAAGGAGGACCAGGCCGCCGACAAGGUCAAGAACGCCGCUGACAGCGCGGCCGAAAAGUCCAAGGAGUUGCGUGACAAAACUGGUAGGUAUUCCAUUGGUUUUUUUUGAUUAUUUUAGGUCUAGUUUUUAGGACUUUAGGUCUGUUUUUGUAAUUUUAAGCUUGACUUUUUGUGGGACUAGGAUUACUUUUGGGAUUUUGUAAUUUUUUAGCUUUAAGUUUGAUUUUUAAAUGGUUUUGGGUAAUAUAAGUUUUUUUUGGAAUUGCGGGAUUUGGUUUCACCGUAUAACUUAGGUUCGUCCAAAGUGCGCCCUUGAUAUAAAUGAAAUCUCGACUUUUUGAAGGAAAAAUUAAUUUUAAAGGUCUAAACUGAGGUUUAGAUUAGGUUUUUGACCCUGUUUGAUUAGUUUAGGAUACUUACUAGCUUUCUAUCUUUUGUACUUAAUAAUAUUCAUGAUUUCAGCCGACAAACUCCAAGAAACCGGCGAGAAGCUCAAGUAA